AUGCAGCGGCCGGGGGAGCCGGGCGCAGCGCGCUUCGGGCCGCCCGAGGGCUGCGCCGACCACCGGCCGCACCGCUACCGCAGCUUCAUGAUCGAGGAAAUCCUCACUGAGCCUCCGGGGCCCAAGGGCGCCGCUCCCGCCGCCGCCGCCGCCGCCGCGGGCGAGCUGCUCAAGUUCGGCGUGCAGGCGCUACUGGCGGCGCGGCCCUUCCACAGCCACCUGGCCGUGCUGAAGGCCGAGCAGGCGGCGGUGUUUAAGUUCCCGCUGGCGCCGCUCGGCUGCUCCGGACUGGGCUCGGCGCUGCUGGCCGCGGGGCCUGGGCUCCCCGGCGCGGCGGGCGCUCCGCACCUGCCGCUGGAGCUGCAGCUCCGCGGGAAGCUGGAGGCGCCAGGCGCUGGGGAGCCGGGCACAAAGGCCAAGAAAGGGCGUCGGAGCCGCACGGUGUUCACCGAGCUGCAGCUGAUGGGCCUAGAGAAACGCUUUGAGAAGCAGAAGUACCUCUCCACGCCGGACAGAAUAGAUCUCGCCGAGUCCCUGGGUCUGAGCCAGUUGCAGGUUAAGACGUGGUACCAGAAUCGAAGGAUGAAGUGGAAGAAAAUAGUGCUACAGGGCGGCGGCCUGGAGUCUCCCACCAAGCCCAAGGGGAGGCCCAAGAAGAACUCCAUCCCCACGAGCGAACAGCUGACGGAGCAGGAGCGCGCCAAGGAGGCGGAGAAGACGGCGGAGGCGCCAGGCGAGGCCAGCGACCGGAGCCACGAGGACUGA